GGUAGACUCUGUACCUACAUACAUAAUUGCAUAGCAGACGACAUGACACACCGACAAAGUCGGCUGUCAUGUUCGCGUAAGUGGCUCGAUUAAUGGGUAUAUAUAAUUUGCUUGCAUUUGAUUUCUCAGCCCAGUUUAACGAAACAUCUCGACCGUGCAUCGCCAAUUUUACUCGUACUAAAAUACGUUAUGGAUCAGAGUAAACAUAUACCUUAUUCUCGGACCGGUGAUAAGGAAGAAGAUAAGAUAUUGUUGGAACCGUUUACUUACAUCCUCCAAGUUCCUGGAAAACAGAUCAGAGCAAAGUUAGCACAUGCCUUCAAUUAUUGGUUAAAAAUACCACAGGAUAAACUACGAGCAGUCGGGGAUAUAGUACAACUACUUCAUACCUCUAGUUUACUAAUUGAUGAUAUUCAAGAUAAUUCAGUUUUAAGAAGAGGUAUCCCUGUAGCUCAUAAUAUUUAUGGGACAGCGAGUACAAUAAAUGCUGCAAACUAUGUAAUAUUUAUUGCUUUGGAAAGAGUACUUGCUUUAAAUCAUCCAGAGGGUACUCAAGUAUAUGUAGAACAAUUAUUGGAACUCCAUAGAGGACAAGAAACAGGUGGACUUUUCAAUUUAGCUGUGCGAUUAAUGCAACUAUUUUCUGAUUGUAAAGAAGACUACACUCCUUUAGCAGGAAUUUUAGGACUUUACUUUCAGAUUAGAGAUGAUUACUGUAAUUUAUACCUUCAAGAAUAUGCUGAAAAUAAAAGUUACUGUGAAGAUUUGUCAGAAGGAAAAUUCAGUUUUCCUAUUAUCCAUGCUGUACAAAGUCACUCGGAAGACAGACAGAUAAUGAACAUUCUCAGACAACGAACUAAGGACAUUGAGGUAAAACGAUAUUGUGUAAAUUUACUAGAAAAGUUUGGGUCUUUCGCUUAUACGCGAAAUGUACUUGAAGAACUAGAUAAAAAAGCUAGGGACGAAGUUCAACGUUUAGGUGGGAAUCCUUUAUUAGUUGAAGUAUUAGAUGAACUAAUGAAUUGGAAACAUCAAAAUACUCAACAAAAUAGAAAAACCACAGUUUAAACUGUAUUGCUCUUUUCUAAAAAGUGUAAACAGCAUGUCAAAAAUAACCAGCAUGUCAAAACAUGUCAACUUUGCUUAAUAUAAGAACAUAGGUCAAAAGAAGUCGGGAUAUCCUUUAUCAUUUUGCAAUUUGUGGCUUCAUUUCCAAAAUAUAUGCUACCGAGCGAUUUUACAACUUCUUUGAAUUCCACAGUCCCCCUGGUGUGGGUACAUCUGCCCAAGUAGCUUCAAAUGUGUUAAAUCAAGCAUUCAUUUUAGUUUUAUAAAUUUAAUUGAACUUAUCGCAUUUACAACAUUCUUCAUAUUAAUGGAAUACCCUGAAAAACAACCAAAAGAAUGUAUUGUAAAUGACAGUAUUAAUUCUAAUACCUUUAGAGCCCUUAAGUUCCUGGGUAUAAAUGCAUUUAUUGUCACAUUACAACGUGUUUUGCAAAUUUCACUCAUUUAUAUAUCAGGAAUAAAAUCUCAAGCUGCAAAAUGGUAAAGAAUUUCUUGUUUCCUGGGAGAAAUUUUGCAUACUUCGACUUGCUGCUCAUUUUUGGGAUACCCUCUGUACAUAUUUAAUUUAUACUGUUCCGUUUUAUUACCUAUAUACAUUUAGGAAAUGAAGUGUUCUUUGCUGCAGUACAAUAUGUGUAAAGGAACAGAAUUUUGAAGAAGGUAAUUAUACAUCAUAAAAAUUUAAAUGAAGUCAACAUACGUAUCUAAACAAAAAGUUGCUAUUGCCAUAACAAAAUUAUGACUGUAGUUAAAGUUCACAUAUUUAGUACCACAUAAAACAUGCCAUAUUGAUGCAUUAAGCAUAAUGAAAUAGUUGUUGAAUACUGAUAGAAAUGGAAAACAGUAUGUAAAAAAAUUAUUUUAGAUUUUUUAUAAAAACGAUUAUAAAUAUUAAUAGAUCUUCCGACAUUACAUUUGUUACCAUGCAAAUCUUGACUAUACAGAUUUGCAUUCUUCAAAUUAACCCUUGGGGGUGAGUCACUGAUACAGUGACACGAACUGCAGAGCCAGGUCUACUGGCCUAACAUACGAUUUAACUAUUCCAAAUAUUGUUUUAAAUAUUAUUUUUUCAAUACAUGAACAUUCGUUAAACAAUUUAAUACCGAAUACAUAUUUCAUAAGAUUGGGUUACAAUCGACUGAACUUCAUUAUUCGAGAGUUAAUUACACUGUAUGAAUUGUGUAAAGCACUUGUUUUGAAUAGGAAACAUUUAGACUACUGCUUUUAUUAUGAAAGGACCUUAUUACUUAAAAAAGAUAUUUAUUUGCUAUCGAAUGUAUAUCUUUAAAUUGUUUUAUUAAAGUUGAUCAAAUAACAUUAAAAUUAUUUUGCUAUUUAGUUGAAGAACUUAAAACUGUAUUUAUAUAUGUUGUGCAACUGUAUAGAAAUAAAAUUAUGGUUUAUGCUUUUGUAUAAGUAAAAAUCUAUGUAAAUUGUGACUAAUACAUAAAUUAUCCAUAGUUUAUCUUCAUUGUUUCACCGUAUUUUUGUCAUAUUUGGGAUAAGACAAUAAAAAAUUUAAAUAGA